AUGGUUUCGAGAUCAAAGCUAGUCCACCCAACCUCGAGGAUUUGCGCGUCACGCUGGCGCGGCAUUGAGUGGAGAUCGUAUGGAACCGAUGGAACCGUUGGCCAGCCAAGAAGCUGUGAAUACAUACUCCCUGCGGAGGUCGGAGGAGACAUCGGAUCUAAGCUGAUUAACUACCUAAUUAGAGAGCAAUGA